UUUACUUUUCACAUGAAUAACCAAAAAGUAACUUCAAAUAUGUAUUUUUUAAUCACAGAAGGUGAGUCUGGCUUUGUCCAACCCAAACCACUCCCACUGGGAAGAGAAGCUACUAUUUAUGACAAGGUACAAAAGGAAAGCCUCCCUCCCCUAGAGAAGCUCAAGAUUUCAGCAGCGUCUACAGCUAAUGGUAUUCAAUCCCUCUAUGAACGGCCCCUGGCAAAGGAGGUUGCAGAGCCACCAGGAUCCAGGGAGAAGACUCAAUCUCUGGAGGGGCCCAAGGAGCCUAGGCCACUUCAGUCAAGUGGCACACAUGAUACUCCAGGAACAGAAGAAAAGAAAGACGUGAAAACAGUGACAAAGACCCAGCCUUCGGAAGGAAAUGCUGAGGCUGAACCUCCAGGGACCGGAGCCCAGAGUCAGCCUUUGAGGACAGCAGGCGAGGGGGCCUCUCCUGGAGCCACAGGUGGGACUGAGAUUCUGCUCACUGCCGGAGAGAUGGAACCUCUAGAAAUAGCUGACAAGAUCCCACCUCCCGAGGCAGGCAGAGAGCCGCAACCUCAGGAGGCAAUGAGAAAGCCCCUGCUCCUAGAAACUGUUCCCAGGGAGACUGAAGCUCCAGAAAUUUUGGAAGGAAGUCAGCUUGUUGAAACAGCUGAAGAGCAUCAGCUUCAAGAAACUCUGGGAAGAGACGAGCCGUCCCAACUUCUAGAGACAAUGCCCAAAGAAACAGGAUUUCUGGAAAUACCGGUAAGAAGUCAGCUUGUGAAAACAGCUGUCAAGAAUGAUUUGGUUCAUAAAACUCCUGAAGGUCCGGGAUACGUGCAGCACAUUCAGCCUGAAGGAGCAGUUGGGAGCAUGGAGCAUCCAGCAGGAACACCGGACCCAGGCCCAGACAGGGAGGUGGUCAGGAAAACUCACACUGACAGAGAGGACCACAACACCGAAGGUGAGACCGGAGAAAAGGUAGAAACAGAGAGGGAGGAAGUAAGUGAAGAAGCUGAAACAAAAGAAGAAGAAACGGGAGAAGCCGUGGAUCUUUCAGCAGCCACAUAGAUAGGCAUGCGGAGAGGAGGGCGAUGGGCGUGAGUGCGGUCACAGAGGGCAGCAAAGGGGAGAGAGGCUGCGGUCUCAGAGCUUGGCUCUCAGGGCCUGCAUGUUUUAUAUGAGUGUGAUUAUCAUGUGCUUGAUUACAGUGCUCCGUAAAAUGACUCAGCUGUAAACUG